AAAAAAUAAAAAAAAUGGUUUGAGACUUGAGGCUGAGGCUGCUGUCCAUACGUGUCAUCUCUCUUUACUGUCCACAAAGCGCGCAUUGUUAACUUGUACGCACCUACUCGAGUACUACUACGAAGGAGGUUGAGGAAGAUCAAGUACAGUAGCUGUUGGAGCAAAAACCAGAAAAGAAAAAGGAUGGAACAUCCUGUUAUACUAACAUGGGUGCAAAAUUGAACUUUUAAGUAGAAGAAGUGAACAAUUAUAGAAUUAGAAGCAAGCAAUCAACAAAGAAGCAAGAACAGUUGGUGGGCUCAUCCUAUGAAACCAGUAUCAUUUCCAUCAUCCUAUAGUGGGGAUGGUCUUUCCUGCUUUACCAAGGCCUCUUCUUACAAGGUUAUUCAAAUGGCCUGCAGCAAGAAGCAGCAACAGCCUAAGGGUUCAGAGCCAACUCCUCUGAGAAUUACAUCAAAUGUCAAGCAGAAUCUGCAGUUUUUAAAGUUAUGGAAGGAAUUCCAAAAGAAAAAGUCAAGCACACCGAAGCCUGCCACCAGUUACCGCAAAAAGAAGGUGCAAAGGGAGGACGUUCCAGAAGAUACAGAACUCUAUCGUGAUCCUACUAUGACCCUCUACUAUACAAACCAGGGUAUAGAGACUGCAGUCCCUGUGUUGCUUGUUGAUGGUUAUAAUGUAUGUGGCUACUGGAUGAAGUUGAAGAAACACUUUAUGAAUGGGAGACUUGAUAUUGCCCGACAAAAGCUAGUGGAUGAACUUAUAACAUACAGUAUGCUAAGAGAGGUGAAAGUGGUAGUUGUAUUUGAUGCCAUGAUGUCAGGACUCCCUACACACAAGGAAAAUUUUGUUGGUGUCGAUAUAGUAUACUCUGGUGAAUCAUGUGCUGAUGCAUGGAUUGAAAAAGAGGUUGCAGCUUUGAAGGAGGAUGGAUGCCCCAAAGUUUGGGUUGUCACUUCUGAUAAUAAACAGCAGCAUGCAGCACAUGGAGCAGGUGCCUUUGUUUGGAGUUGCAAGGCAUUGGUUUCUGAGAUUAAAGCAUCACAGAGGGAGGUUGAGAUGAUGCUUCAAGAACAAAGAUCUACUUCUUUUCAAGGUAAAUUGUUAAAGCACAAUCUUGAUUCAGAAGUUGUAGAUGCUCUCAAAGAUUUGAGGAGGAAGCUAUCCGAAAAUGAGUCAAAGACUCAAAGUAGCCGAUCAGGUAGAUGAGAGAUCAUGCUACUAGUAGAUUAGCAGCGUGUUUGGUGAGGAAGAAGGAAGUACUUCUCUAAUUGAGCUCAGUUCUAAUUAUGGUUUAAGAGCUGUGUGCCAUGACAACUGACUUCAAUGAAGUAGUAUAGGAAAUCUCAUUGGCUGUGUCAACCAAGAUAAAGGUAUUGGUUGCAGAUAAACCUAUGACCUAAAGAAAGCACUCCCAAUUUUAUUGGGAGUUGCCAGUGAAGGGCUGUAAAUGUGUACACUCUAUGUGAUAAAAUGCUUAUUUGAACUGGUGUUUAUCAUACAA